AUGACAGCCUCACCAACUGGAAACAGUAUGGUACAACAUCAAUUGAAUGUUCGAUUUACUGCAUCACAAGCACUAGAUAUUUAUUAUAACACUAUAUCAUUGGGGUUUCCAAUGUACGAAAGGCAGAGAUUGGAGCAAGCUCUUGAGUUUCAACUUGAAACAUGUUUUAUUGAAGAUCAAACAUUUUCUGUGACUUGUGAACUGGAGAAAGAUGUUGCUGUUUUGCAAACAUUGCAAGCAGUCUGUUUACAACAAUUGGGAAUGCGUGAAAUUUCAGAUCAGUUAUUCAUGGUUGGAAAGCAAAUUAUUGGAAAGUAUUAUGAUGAAGUGGAUUCCAUUGGAGUUGUAGUUGCUAUGAAAUUUAUCGCAGAGUAUUUACUUGGAAAUGGAGAACAAACAAAAUCACGAGCCAUGUACUCGACCGUGCGGGCAAAAUUAGAACCAUUAAUGAUGGAAUGUAGACAACAUGCUUCUACAUGGUUUUCAUCGACUUGUGUUGAAAAUAAUGCAACCUCCUACAACCAAUGGCAUGACAUUAAGCCGCAAUUUUUUACUGCAUAUAUCAUUGAAUCUCAAAUUCGUCUGGAUGACCUCUAUUUUUUGGAAGACAUGUGUCCAGAUACGUUUAUAUUUGAUGAAUUUACAAGUCUUGGAAAUGGAAGAAUUUCCCUUGCCAAGAUCCAUGCAACCUCUUGUAGAGAUAUGUCAUUCGAAUUGUAUCAUGAACUAAUGAUGAUCCUUCAAACCUUUGUUUCAUUCUCUGAUGUUAUUAUGGGCAUGAGGAAUCAAAAACAUUCCUUGUUGUACGUGGUAGCUUCUAUGGUUGCGAAACAGCUUCAUUUGGAAAUUUUAACGAAUUGUAAAGUGAAAAACGAGAAAGAAAUAUUACGAGUGGCGAGAGAAACGAUUGAGCUCACGAAACAUCAGUUUUUUAGCAUGUUGCCAUGCUACGCUACGAAAGCAGUUGUGUUGGCCUGUUCAUUGAGGGUUCAAUAUUUUCCUCAACUUGUUCGUACUGAUAAUCUACAAGAUGACUUGAAUGCUUUAAAAUUGCUUUCGACACGAUAUAGACUCAUUCACAACGAAUGCAGUCAGUUAAUCAAAACGAUUGAAGCUCUAAUAAUUUUUCAGCACCAACAACAACAACAUGCAUCCAGUAGCCAUUCAGAGCUUGUGAAUUUUCUUUCUUUCAGCUACCAUGACAUUGGAGCUGCAUUUGAUGCCAACCUAAUUUUAUCAUCAACAACAAUUCAAGAUGAUUCAAGAAGUGACCAUCCAGAAUAUGACAGUGCAAUUUCUCUGGAAACUUCUAAUUUUUCCAAGGCACUUGCAACGUUUUCUCGAUACAAGGACCAGAUCAAGCAAUUCGCUCAUGGUCUCGAACAAUUAGAAAUCGUUCUUGAGGGAUUUUCCGAACAAACACGCAUUCGAAAUGCUCAAUCAGAUUCCACCAAUGACCAGUUGGAAGAUUUAAAACAAGCAGAAAUUAAUUUAGUGAACAGUCUUAUUCAAGUGGCCAAACGCAAUGGUGAUGUGAAGGGAUUGUUAGAAGUCGAAAUUUUGAAAAAGCAAGAUCUUUUUAUGGGGAAUGUUCAGAAUCAUUCUCAACUUUGA